AUGAUCUCACAGGCUCAGCUCAUCUGGCUGUUAGUGCUCUGGGUCCAGGACUCCAAUGGGCAGAUUGUGCUGACUCAGACUCCAGAAUCCCUGGCAGUGUCUCCUGGAGACACAGUCACUAUCCGCUGCAAAGCCAGUUCAAGCCUCACCAGUGGUAGCUAUCACUUACUAGCCUGGUACCAACAGAAACCAGGACAAGCUCUGAAGCGCCUUAUCUAUCAUGCUACCUCCCCACAAUCCGGGGUUCCAGCCCGGUUCAGUGGCAGUGGGUCUGGCACUGAUUACACCCUCACAAUCAGUAGGGUUGAAGCUGAAGAUGCUGGAGAUUAUUAUUGUCAACAAGGCAAGAGCUACCCUAUCACAGUGAUACAGUCCAAUACAAAAACCUCCCCACGCUACUCCAGUGGGCAGAUCGUGCUGACUCAGACUCCAGAAUCCCUGGCAGUGUCUCCUGGAGACAGAGUCACCAUCAACUGCAAAGCCAGUUCCAGUGUUUCUAGCAUCUUACACUGGUACCAACAGAAAUCAGGACAAGCUCCUAAGCUCCUUAUCUAUCUUGCUUCCACCCGUGCCUCUGGGGUCCCAGACCGGUUCAGUGGCAGUGGGUCUGGCACUGAUUUCACAUUCACCAUCAGCAGGGUUGAAGCUGAAGAUGCUGGAGAUUAUUAUUGUCAGCAGGGUGCUAACUUACCUCUCACAGUGAUACAGACCAGUUCAAAAACCUCCCUGCUCUGA